UGAUCCUGUGCCACCUGUACUAUCAAGAUCAAGAUCAAAAACAACGGUUGAUGUAAACAGAAGAGGUGGCGAGAGGAGCAACGUGGGCGACAUGAGGUCACAUAAAGAGAAAGAAGAAAUGGUGAAAACGGUGGAACAUUUCUGGAAAGAUAUUGGAGGUGCAAGUGGCAAACCACCAUCCCAGGGGAUACAGCAGAUUCCAGUGGGUGAUUCACAGCUCAAGUUGAAAGUUCCCAUAGUUGCUCACACUCCAGAAGGGUUAUCAUUCUCAGAUGGCAAGAUAGCAAAUAAUGAAGACUUCAAGGGAUCAGUAAAGGCAUUUGCUCUUGCUGAUAAUGGAACUAAAAUUGCCUGGAUAAAAAGUGGCCAGGUUUGUGUGGCUGAAGCUCCAGAAUGGACAAGAAUGGGAACCCUGAAACAUCCACGAGCACAAGACAUUUGCUUUUCUCCCAGUGGCAACUACUUAGCUGUGUGGGAGUCAUAUAUCAAGACACAAGAUCAGAAUCAAGUACAACCAAACUUGAGUGUCUAUGAUGUUAAUGGAAAGAAGUUACUCAAAGCUUUUUACCAGCAAAGCCAGAUCAACUGGCAACCACAAUGGACAUAUGAUGAAACUAUUUUGGCACGAAAUGUUACCAAUGAAGUACAUUUUUAUAAAGCAGAUGAUCUUCAAACUAUUGUUGAAAAGAAGAUUCUCCCAAAAGUGCGAUCCUUCAGCUUAUCACCAUCUACUGGAACUCAUUAUGUAACAUUUUUUGUGCCAGGUGUUAAGGGAAGUCCAGCCUUUGUUCAUCUAUAUCGCUAUCCAAAUUUCCAAGAUACUACCAGUGCAUUGGCUAACAAGAGUUUUUUCAAGGCUGACAGUGUGAACACAUAUUGGAACAAGCAGUCCACAGCUUGUUUGCUUCUGACUAUGGCUGAAGUUGACAAAUCAGGCACCUCUUACUAUGGGGAGCAAAUGCUUUUUUAUCUCAGCACCCAAGGAGACUCAUCAAGGAUAACUUUUUCAAAAUCUGGAAAUAUUCACUCUGUGUCUUGGUGCCCAAAUGGCCAAGAAUUCUUCGUUGUUUAUGGAACAAUGCCGUCCAAAGCUACAAUGUUCAACCAUAAGUGUGAGGUUGUUUCUGAAUUUGGAGAGGGAGCCAGAAACACUGUUAUUGUCAAUCCUGUUGGAAAUAUUGUUCUGAUUGGAGGAUUUGGAAACAUCUCUCCAAGAUAUGAGAUGUGGGACAUCAAAAUGAAAAAAAAGAUUAAUGAGACAGAAUGUCCAGACACUACACACUUCAGCUGGUCUCCAUGUGGUCAGUACCUGCUGACAGCUACCUGCUAUGCUCGUCUCAAAGUCAACAAUGGGUACCGAGUGUGGCACUACACAGCUGUUCUGCAACAAGAAUGCUCUCAUCAAGAGCUUUAUAGUGCUUCAUGGAUUCCAUCUCCAGAAGCAGCCCAACCCUUCACAAUAUCUGCAAAGCCUGCCUCAGGGAUAACCCCAUCCACAGCAGUUGCAUCAAAACAGAGGUAUGUCCCUCCAAGCCAGAGAGGAGCAAGGAGUAUUGUUGGAGCCACAAACACAGAAAAAAAGUUUUUGAGUCAAGUGGAUAACCCGCCCAAAGAAGAAGCACCUCAACAGCUGUCAAAGGCAGCCCUUAAGAACAAGAAAAAGAGAGAAGCUGCAAAGAAAAAACGGGAAGAGGAAGGAAAAGAAGGGAAAGAGGAAACUUGUAAAAAGAGCCCAGGAUCUUCAGAGCAAGUUGUUCCUUUCUCUGCUGCAAACAUUGAGCUGACUGGAGAUCCUGAAAAAGAUAAGAAGAUAAGAAAUCUUAAAAAGAAACUGAAUGCUAUUGCCAAGCUCAAGGUAGAACUUGAGAAUGGGAAAACUUUAGAAAAAGACCAAUUGGAAAAGAUUGCCACUGAAGAAAAGUUGAUGAAAGAUCUAGAGGAUCUAAUCAUUUGAUGUGGUUUGCUGAGGGCUGGACUAUCUAUGGGACAAAGUUCCCAUUGCAUAUAAAGGUGUGAAGUUUUUAGAAUGUUUAUAUAUUUGCUGUAGGUUGGGUUGUUAACUAUGAUAUUAACUAUAAUAUUACAGCAAAGUAAUUGGAUGUAUUUGAUUAGUUUGGUAAAAAGAUAAAUAAAGGGUAUUCUCAAGAUUAAGUGCAUAUAUAUAUAUAUAUAUAUAUAUAUAUAUAUAUAUAUAUAUAUAUAUAUAUAUAUAUAUAUAUAUAUAUAUAUAUAUAUAUAUAUAUUCAGUUGAUAAAUUCAUAUUCUUUGAACUUAAGUGAUUGAUCAAUGACAAGGUAGCUAUUCAGAAACAAGUUCAUAUUUUAUUCUUUUAGGUUAUACAACAAGUUAAAGAAUGUAUCUUGAUACCUUGCAAUUACCCAAAACUAUGCCUUAUGAAAUGGAAAAUAAUGAGUAUACAUAUUAGUUUAAUGCCAAAAUAUGCCUGUGCUUAUGCACUUAUGUAAAUUAUGAUUUCAACUCUGAUAGAAUAAUUGUGUUUGUUGGAUGUAGCAUUUAAAACUGCAAUGAAACCUAUACUUACAAAGAAACAUCUCACUGAUCUCAAUAAGAUCCCUGUCACUUUGCCUGUGUCAGCUAAUGCAUCUUUCUUUUGUUUAUGAGUAGCAACAUGUAUAGUGUUAGUGUAAUAUUUUUUGUUACAAAAGUAAAUGGUACAUAAUGGUGCUCUAGGAAUUUAGGGGCCUAUAAUAUCAAGUGCCCUGUGCCUACAUAAGUCUUUCUCCUGCUUCGCAUGUGUUAUGAGGAAGAGCAUUUCAGGUUUUCAAUAUCUUAUAUAUUUCAAAUAAAGCAUAAUGGUACAAUAGGAAA